AUGCCGUCCUUCUUCGUCCCAGGUCAUCAUGGCCUGCCUACACCUCCCCAUGUCAACGGUGGUCGUAUGGAAGACCCAUCGUUCUACCCGGUUGGUCAUGCAGGAUUCCCUCCUCGCUACCACCAAAGCGGCAAUGAGUUCAUCGAACAAUACUCGCAAUCGCUCUGCUACGGCAAGCCCCUUUCGAUAAAUGCCCACCACCAGUCCGCCCAACAGAUGAACGCUGCUCGCGAUCAUCAUAAGAUGAACCAGUCUGCUAUGUUCAACCCGAUGGUCGGCUCCGGUUUGCCCGCAAUGCGCCACAACGUUCAGCUCCCGCCCAUGGACGCUACGAUUCCGCCUCAGUACCGUCGACAGGAAACUGCCCCGAUGCAGCAGCCCGAACAACCCCGCAAGGAGGAAAAGGCUACUGGAGGUGUCGCAGCUCACCUGGAUUAUGAGAUGGAUCGCAUGUCCGACUUUGUGGCAGAGAUGGCUCAGGGAAUGUAUGAUUUGUUCGAGACCAACAUCAACCUAGCAGAUAUUGACCUCGUGCGAAGCCUUCACCCAGGAUCUUCGGUUCCCCCCCAGUUUCGGAAAUACGUCUUCCAAAUUUUGUCUUCGACUCGCCUCCCAAGUGCUACUAUUCUCCUCGGCCUCUUCUACAUGGCCAGCCGAAUGCGCCUGCUGUCCACCCAACGCUCCGUCACCAAGUCAGACAGUAGCCAGGUCUAUCGCAUGCUGACUGUCGCCCUUUUAUUGGGCAGUAAGUUCCUUGAUGACAACACUUUCCAGAACAAAUCGUGGGCUGAGGUCAGCAACAUCCCGGUUGCCGAGUUGAAUCACAUGGAGCUGGAAUGGCUUUUCGCUUUCGAUUGGAAGAUCCACGAGUGCACUUACGACAAGCAGGAUGGGUUCAACUCGUGGCGUGCGCACUGGGACACCUGGCGCGCCAAGGCCACGGCUCGGUCCCAGGAGCCACGCCAAACCUUGGCACCGCUCGAGACCAACGUCGUUCGCGGCCAGACUGUCGUCAAGCCCCUCAUGUCACCCGAAGGCCCCAUUCCGCCGCAGUACCAGCGCAGCUCACAAAUCGAGAACUCCUGGCUCAACCCAACCGCGUCCGAAUAUUCGCCCCCCUCCGCACGCUCCAGCGGUCCCACUACCCCUGACUACUACUCGGUUGGUCCCUGGGGAUACUCCAACCCGCCUCCUCCCCCGCCCUACUCGCGGGGCUGGAACGCACCCCCACAGUACAUGGCUCACCCACCUCGGUCCCAGCCCCCAUCCUAUCAUCAUACUCCAGCCUACGGUUUGCCAUUCGCACAGAGUAUGUGGACGGGUCACGGUUCCUCGUGUGGCUGCACCUACUGUGCGAAGCACCUCGAGCACUACAUGUGCAACAGUGCAUUCCCUACCAUGCAGCAGCCAAUGAUUGCAGCCUAG